AUGCUCAAGUUGUCUUAUCCUGUUCAGGAUGAGCUUACACAACCAGGCGAGAGCUGGCUAACAGCUCGUUAUACGAAGGGACCAAAUGAUCUUGCAUUUGUGGCGUUUUGGAUCAUUGCCUUCACCUACAUCCGCGCACUCUUCAUGAAGACCUACUUUACUCCCUUGGGCAAGAAACUGGGAAUCCGAGGCUCAAAGCUGGAGCGAUUCGAGGAACAAAUGUACAUUUUAGUGUACUACAUUAUUUCGUGGUGCAGCGGCAUGUAUUUGAUGUACAACUCGCCAUACUGGAUGAAUACUGACCACUAUUGGAUUGGAUACCCUCACUAUAAGAUUACCGGUGCAUUCAAGGCUUAUUAUUUAAUCCAGUUCGGAUACUGGUUGCAGCAGAUUUAUGUCGUCAACACAGAUAUGAAGCGCAAGGACCAUUUGGCCAUGUUGAUCCACCAUUUCAUCACUUGUACAUUAAUUGGAUGGAGCUAUGUAACCCAUUUGACCCGCAUUGGCAAUGCUAUUCUGGUUGUCAUGGAUGUCUCUGAUGUUUUCCUUGCUAUCCCCAAGGUCCUCAGGUAUCAAGGUUAUAGCGCUGUAUGUGACUACCUCUUUGGACUCUUUGUGAUUUCAUGGGCUAUUACUCGCCAUUACCUCUUCCCUAUCAUCAUCAUGUCACUCUACAACAAACCCCAGAUGUUCUUGGACAUGAAAUGGGACCCUGAGAACCACAAAUACAUGAGUGUCAAUGUUCAACGUGCUUUCUUGGCCUUGCUGUAUGGAUUAGAGGCCGUCUUGUGCUUCUGGUUCCUGAUGAUCUUCAAGGUCAUCUACAAAAUGUUUAAUGGUGCCCCCGCUGAUGAUAAUCGUAGUCACGAUGAAGAUUCAGGCGAGGAGGAGACCGUUGAAUCUGAGGUCGUCGAAAAGCGUUCUGUUUCUUCUGCUGCAAGCGGUACCAAAAAGCGUGCAAAUGGAAAGAAGGCAUAG